AUGUACCCCAGUUUGGCCCUUGGGCACCAACGAGUGGGAGACUGCUACUAUAGAGAUAGGGAACCUCCUGCCCACAUGCCCCUCUACCCCUCCUCCUAUGACAUGGCUGCCGGGGCCAUGCCCUCUCACCCUCUGGCCCCACCCCCCGCCCCCAGCGAGCCAACCUGUAAAGGCCAGCAGGACAGCGUCAAGAUGGAGCUGGAGAACGGUUCACUGUGGAAACAUUUCUGCUCCGUGGGCACAGAGAUGAUCAUCACCAAGAAGGGCAGGCGGAUGUUCCCCCAGCUGAGGGUAAAGCUGUCAGGCCUGAACCCGGCGCUGCGCUACAUCCUGCUGCUGGAUAUGGUGGCCAUGGACACCUCUCGCUACCGCUUCCAGGGCGACACCUGGCAGGUUGUGGGUGGCGCUGAGGCCCGCUUACCCGACCGGGUGUUUAUCCACCCAGACUCGCCAGCCACGGGUGCCCACUGGCAGAGCAGGAGCAUCUCCUUCCACCGCGCCAAGCUCACCAACAACACGCUGGACACACAGGGAUAUAUCAUCCUCCACUCCCUCCACCGUUACCAGCCACGGGUACACGUGAUUGAGGCCAGGGACGUGCUGAGGUGGGGGGGAGGGCAACACUCCUUCAUCUUCCCAGAGACCCAGUUCCUUACCGUCACCGCCUACCAGAACAAUAAAAUCACUGAACUGAAGAUCCAAUCCAAUCCCUUCGCUAAGGGCUUUAGAGAGGAUGGCAUGAAUAGCAAAAGACAGAGGGACGUGAGGCAAAAGCGGAAGCUAAAUGAACCUCUAGAUAUUGUGAGCUGUGACCCGUGUGACUCCACUGAGCUCCUGUCUCAGUACUCCUCCUCCUCCUCUGACCUCCAGAGCCUGGCCCUGGCAUCUCUUCCAUCCCUUCCCCCUCUCCCUGAGUCUGUGUGUGGGUAUGGCUCCAACGUAACGCCUUUCCAGGAGAGCCCUGUUCCAGAGCAGCAGCAGGCUCUAGACCUGGUGGGCCAAACCUUCAUUGCCUCCCAGAUGACUGACAUCACAGCCGAUAUGACCAAGGGGCCACAAGAUGCAUCGGGCAACAAAGUCUCCGAUGGAAUGAUGGACAGGUCCGUUACUAUGAGUCUUUCCACUUACAAUGGGACAUAUCCAGCCACUCCUCUUGGUUCUUCCUCUUUUGACCCUGCUCCUCAUCCUCAGUCUUCGUCCUCCUACUGCUCAGAUCCCUCCAUCUCCCAACCCUCCCCCACUUCUACUUUUAAUUAUCCAUCCAUGGCCACCACUGACUAUCCCUCUAUUCUCUCCUCUUCUCCUACCCUCCCUUCCUCCCCCACAUCUCCCUCGCUUCAGCAAACUAGUUUCACCUACCCCACCGUGCCUAUUUCCACUUCGUCCUCCCCCAAGCCUCUCCUGUCCUCCACCUCCUGUCAAUCCAUCCUUCCAUCCAUCCCACAGCAAGGCCUGCUCAGUCCUCAUACACCCACAAAUACCUCUUUUCCAUCACUCCCUCCUCCCUCCUGUCAACCCAUCCAGCAGAAUGGGGUGACCACCCAUUCCAUGCUCACUCCCCCGAACCAGGCUCUACAAGCUGUCCCCAUCUCCAACCAGACUCCCCCUCUGUUGGUCUUUAACCCCACAGCAUACCCCUACCCAAACCUACCUCUCUCCAACGUCAUCCAAACCACCCCUCCGUCUCUCUUCAACCUCUCAAGUCCCUCAACUUCUCAAUCACACCCCGUUCCCUCUCUCCCUUACUCUCUUUCUUCCCAUUCCGCACCUCUAUCUUAUCCCUUUCCCUCUCUCCCUUCAUCCCUCUCUUCUUGCUCUUCAGUUCAAAAUUGGACUCUUCCGAAUGUUUCCUCCGGCUCCGUCCACUCCGCAGUGUCUAUUCCCAUCCCGACUCAGAUCCAAGCUCCCUCUGUUGGGUCGUCCUUUCUUCCUUCCUCCUUCACUCACCCCCCAUCCUCCCUUCCUAAUCCAGUUUACCAACCCUCUUCCUGUUCCACCAUUCCCUCUGUGUCCGUCGCCUCUUUCCAGCCUUCUGCCUCUUCUCACAUCCCACCCUUCUCCCUGACCAACCACUCCCUCCCUCCAACGGCAUGUCCCCAGAACCAGACCGCCACGCCCUCCUCCUACCCCCCGAUAGCGCCCACCGAGAUUGGCUCCUUCUCCCAGUUCAACUCUGGCGCACCCUAUCUUCCAGAAAUGGUACUUCACCAUCCCUCACUCCUGCCUCCACUGGAUCCCUCUCUUUCAUCCUGUGUCUCCUCCUCCUCCACACCCCCUGCCCUCUAUCCCCCCUUCUCUUCCUAUCCUCUGCGCCUCUGUCAGGACCCCCGCUCGUCCUUCCCCAUACCUCUCAGGCACAUGUACAGGCAGCACCAGCAUGGCCACACCCACGCUCAGGGGUCCUACCUGGAUAUGAGUGGGAGGGCUGUAUUCUGA